CGAAACAUGCUAAUUUUUUACCGACUAAUCUUUCAAAGCAAUGCUGUCACCUUGCUUCGUGAUUCUAACUCAAGCUGAGGGUCUCCUACCUUCAAACUCGAUUACUAGGCCACUUGCAGUUUGUUAAGUCAAUCAAAAUCUAUGGAUUUUCAGUCGAAUUAAAAAAAAUAACAAAAAGAUAAUAUAUAAUGUGGGGCUCAUCAGAAUAUAGUUUAAAUUUCUAAUUUUCAGAUUUCGGAGGCAGCAGCUCUCGCUCUCUAUCUCUUCUCCGCUUGCUGCUCCGAUCCUCUCCACCUCCACCAAACCCUAGAUUACUCCAUCUAGGGUUUCCCCCUCCGUACGAUGCCUUCCUCCCCCAAGUUCUUCCACGCGCGCCACCCCCCCUCCGGCCGCCGAUCAACGGUCCUGAUCAUCUCCUUCUGCCUCGUCUUCGGCCUCUCCGGCUUCAUCUUCGGCCUCGUCGCGCUCCGCAGCAGCCACUACAAGUGCAUCACAAGCCAGUCCAGAUCGGUGCGCGUCGUCUGGGAGCGAAUCGGCACCACCAGAAGCACCGAAAACGGCCUCGUUUUGAGCGACGGAGAUGUAAGCGCCCAGCGGCAUAAGGUCAUGGGCUUCGUAGGGAUUCAGACCGGGUUCGGAUCCGUCGGCAGGAGAGAGUCGCUCCGGAAGACUUGGAUGCCGUCCGAUGCUCAGGGCCUUCAACGAUUGGAAGAAGCUACUGGUUUGGCUUUUAGGUUUAUCAUUGGUAAGAGCAAGGAUAAAGCUAAGAUGUUGGAACUGGGGAAGGAAGUGGCGCGAUACGACGAUUUCCUGCUGUUGGAUAUUGAAGAGGAGUACAGUAAGCUCCCCUACAAAACAUUGGCUUUCUUCAAAGCUGCCUAUGCCCUUUUUGAUUCCGACUUCUAUGUCAAAGCUGAUGACGAUAUUUACUUAAGGCCAGAUCGCCUUUCGACGCUCUUGGCAAAAGAGCGUUCUCAUUCUCAGACUUACCUUGGAUGCAUGAAAAAAGGCCCAGUCUUUACAGACCCAAAGCUUAAAUGGUAUGAGCCACUAGGGUAUUUGCUGGGGAGUGAAUACUUUUUCCAUGCUUAUGGUCCACUGUAUGCUCUUUCUGCCGAUGUUGUUGCAAGUUUGGUUGCUCUUAGGAAUAACAGUUUUCGGAUGUUUAGCAAUGAGGAUGUCACAAUUGGUGCGUGGAUGCUCGCAAUGAACGUCAACCAUGAGAACAACCAAGCACUAUGCUCACCAGAAUGUACAUCAUCAUCUAUUGCUGUUUGGGAUAUUCCUAAGUGCUCAGGGCUCUGCAAUCCGGAAAAGAAACUGUUAGAACUACAUCAAAUGGACAGCUGUACAAAAAGUCCAACGAUGGAAUCUGAUGAGGAUUAGCAGUCUUGGACCUUUUUGCUCAUUCAGGAGUUAAUUUUGGUAUAUGCCCAUCCCCAUAAUUGCAUGAUGAGUUUGUUGUUUUGAGUUUGUCCUAUAGUUGGAUUGGCCACACGGUACGAUGAAAAAAAAUAUAAAAAUUUAUAGUCCUUCUGUUUAGGGUGAUGGAUAUAAAGAGAGGAAAGUGUGGAAAAGGGCAGGGGUCACAGUUGCAGGAUUUUAGGAACACAAGUAGUUAGUGUUGUAAUGCAAUCAUUCAUCUUAAUUUUUUAAAUCAAAUAUCAUUCUUUCUUAUUUGUGUCAACAUGUGAAAAAGUUC